AGCAACAGUAAUAGUUACGUAUUUGAAGUGUAAUAUUUUUUUUGGUGAUCGUUGAGGUUAUUUUAUUGCAAAUAAUAGUUUAAUUGCAAACACCUUGAUAGUAUAAUAUGUUUUUAUAGGAAUUUGAUAUCAUUUAUUUGUUGUGAAUAACAGUGUGGAAUGGAAGAUAACACUAGUUGUGCAGACAAUAAACAUUAGUUUUUAGCCUCUCAAGACCUUGCAGGUUCUUGUGGGAUAAGUGUGCAGCUGGAGAGCAUCAGGCAGGCGGCUGUUGGAGCUUGUGGCUGCAGUUUAUGAGGGCUGAUGUGUAGUGAGGUGUCUGAACUAACACAUGUUUUUAGCCAUUUUGUUACCUACUUCAAGAAUCAGACUUUUCUCCAUAUAAGUAGACGAAGGAUCAAGCACAAUGUUAUCCGCCGCAGCUGAUAAAGAUGAAAGAAAAUAUUUCAUUGUGACUACGUCAGGUAACUAUUUUGGUGUGGCGUUGUCGGAGGAAGCUUACGACGCUUUUGCGAAGGACCCGGCUCUCGAUAAUUUCCUGGACGACUGCAGUGUCUUCACACUCAGUGCAAUCCGAGACAACUCCGGCGUCGGAGGAAACCUUUGUUUCAGUGUGAAAGUGGUGCCUGCGGAGGGGAAAGAAAACACGUUGGUGUUCUUCAAGUUGAGGCCGGAGGUGAUCACGCAAGAUAACUUGCACUCGAACGUGUUUGUUUCGUCAAUGGUGGAAUCUCCAAUCACAGCUUUGUAUCAUGCCAUUCAGAAAGUGUACUCGCCCAUUCUUCUCAAGGAUGACAGCUGGAGCGGCAAGUUCGACCCCAAGCUUCAGGAUCUAAUUGCUCAGUUGGAGGCAGGACUGAGGAACACUCUGGAGAAGUCUGACAAGUUGACGAGGUCUGGGAGCAAAGAGUUUCUUGGGAGCAUGUCUGUAAUAAUGAGCCCGGAGGAAGAAGUCCAGUUCUGGUCGAACAUUGCCAACACCACGCGACGUAAGGACGAGAGAGAAAUGGGGAAAUUGUUUUACAAUGCUCUCGAGCCACUCUCGAAGGAAUUCAGCACUUUGGAGUCGUUGCCGCUGUCGGAUGUGGACAGAGUUUUGGAAGCGGCCGACAGCGUUUUGGACGACCUGUGGAAGUUGGACGAGUACCCUUACCCACAACAUCGCAUGGAACAUUUAAUGGAUGUUAUAGGCAAUACAGUUACAAGAUUCAUACAGAAGAAAUUGAAAACCAUGAAUUUUUGGGAAGAGUCCUUUAACAUAGUGGAAGAAUCUUUGAACAAAAGCAUCAGCAUUUGUGACAAGUGGAUAACAUCUUGUGAGCGAUUGACGUCGCUUCUUUGGCCGAACUACACCCCUCAUCCUUGGAGCGGGAAUCCAUUUUCGCCGACGUACACCCAGGGAUUUGCCAGCAGGUUACGUGAGGUGCUGCAGCUGCGCGUGGUGCACCGCCAGCUGACGAGGCUGCUGUCCUGCGCCGAGCAGGAGGAGCUCAAGGUGCACCUGGCGUUUGCCCCUCUCUCGGGCCUGAGCCCCGCCCAGUACAACCGCUACACGGACCCCCUGUGGCGGAGCGCCGUGGGGCAGUUCGAGCGCGCCCUGGUCCCCGUGGAGGAGCGCGCCGCGGGCAAGCUCAGGGUCCAGCUGCGACACGUCCGCGCCAACACGCUGCAGCUCCUGCAGGAGUUCAAGCGCUACAGGGACGUGAUCGGGCGGCCGGCGGCGAGGCAGAUGCUUGCCGCGGAGAGGGAGGGCCUGCUGGGGGCCCUCGGGGACCACCUGCUUGCCCUGGUCUCGGACUUCAGCUCCGGGAGGAGGAGCAGCGUCAUCCAGCUGAUAGACAUGCCCGAGAUCAUCGGCACCAUUUACUGGGUGCGCCAGUUGGAGUGCCAGGUCGCGGACAUCGAGAGCACCAGCUCGAAGCUGCUGGACGACCUGCCCGGCCACAAGGAGCUGCAGGUGGUGGCGGGAGACCUGCUGAGGGACCUCAAGGAGUUCCACUCCGACCAGUUCGACAGCUGGACCAGGGAGAUCGGGAUGGCCAUACACAACAAGAAACUCAGUCUUCAGACUGAUGAACCGGUGGUGUACUUCGAGCAAGGCAAGCUGAUGCACGUGAACUACAACCCCCGGCUGGUGGGACUGAUACGGGAGGUCCGGCAGCUCGCCGUGCUGGGCUACAAGAUACCCGUCAAGAUACAGGAAACUGCGGACCUGGCCAAGAAGUUCAUGAGGCAGGCCAAGGCUUUGGAGCAGGUCGCCAACUUCCACAACACGAUCGGGGACCGCAUGAUCCCCUCGCAGCGCCCGAUGAUGCUGAAGGCUGCGCUGGAGCUGGCGCAGCUGGUGCAAGAGCAGAACAGCGUGACGUGGAGCGACACGGCCGCGGUCGACCGCUACAUCUCCAAGCUGCAGGCGCUGGUUGAGCGGCUGUGCCGGGAGAACAACAAGCUCAACGCCUACCACGCUCAGAUCAGGGACAAGGUUGUGCAGCUGAUGGACACGGACCUGCUACGCCAUCAGCAGCAGUGGAAGGACAUCCUGAAGGACAUCCGCGCCAUCAUGAGCCAGGUCGAGAGCCAGAACUUCUCCAACAUGCGGUCGUGGCGGGCGCACUGGGACCACCAGCUGUACAAGGCCCUGGAGCACCAGUACCAGCUGGGGCUGGAGGCGCUGGACCAGCACCUGCCUGAGAUCAAGAUAGAGCUGGUCUACAGGCAACAGGAACUUCAAUUUCGACCACCAAUGGAGGAAAUCAGGAUGAAGUAUUAUGGGCAGUUGAAGAGGUUCCUGUCCAUCCCCAACAACUUCCGAGGCGUCAGCGACAGUUCAGAUUCUCAUAUAUUUCCCAUCAUAAUUGAAAGGAAUGCGGAGCGGUUCAGGCACGUGUUUGCGAAGGCAGAGGAGCUGUUCAGCCGCCUGAAGCUGGUCAGAGUGAAGUGGCACGACUGCGUGGCCCUGGGCUCGGUGGACUUGAACCAGCUCGCCGAGGAACACCUGAGCACAGCCGAACACUGGGAGAGGAACUUCAAAGCAACCAAAGUUUGGAGCCAAGAAAUUGCCAAGCUACCAAGCUGCGACGAGAAGGUGGAGUGCUUCUCGGUGAGCCUGCUGCCGGUGCGGGCGGAGAUGGAGCUGCACAACCGCCGCUACUGGGACACGCUGGUCAGCUCCCUGCAGAGCUCCGUGGUGCGGGACGUGGCGGCCGUCGAGAAGUUCAUCGGCGAGGCGACGCAGGUGCUCAACCAGCAGCCCAGCAGCGUCGAGGAGAUCGGCACCGCCAGCGCCAAGCACUCGCAGAUCAUGAACACUGCUCCUGAGAUGUUCCAAGUUCUGGAAGAGGUGCAACGUAAGAACAAAACACUCGCGAGUUGGACCAAAGAACAUUUGGAACAAGUAAAUCGUGUUGUCACUUUGUGGGAUAAUUUUCAAUCAAUGUUGGAUAACUAUCAGUUCCUGAUCAGCAGACAGGUGGAGGGCAUCAGGAACAGCCUGACGACGCAGGUGGAGAACCUGAGCGCGGAGCUGGAGAAGUUCCGGCUGCGCUGGGAGCAGAUGAAGCCCAGGGAGAUGGACCUGCAGAGUGCCGGCGAGAACGUCCUGCAGCGCAGCCUCCACAUCCUCCGAGACAAGCGGCACGAGUGGGGGAAGCUGUUUGAAGCCAGGGAAGCACUCAGCAAAGAUUGCAUUCACUUUGGCAUGGAACCGCCUGAAUUGGUGAUGUUUGAAGAAAUUGAAAAUGAUCUGAAGAAACAUGAAGAGAUGUGGUCAUUGUUUGAUGAUUUCAACUCAGGAUUGCAAAAUUUUGCGAAAGAAGAGUGGAUUAUUUUCAGAAGUAAAACGUACAAGUUUGAAGAAUUUUUGUUGGAGUGGCAAGAGAAACUGAAGUCGAGCAAAGAGACAACUAUUUUAACUGUAAGAUUACUACAGGAUGUUGAAAGAUACAAGGAAGUUCUACCUCUGUUGAAGUUUGUGCGAGGAGAAAUAUUCAGCGAUAAACAUUGGCUUGAAAUGUUUGGGCUUGUCGGAAUACCAAGCAAACCAAUAGAAAAUCUGGUAUUUGGAGAUUUUCUUUCUUGUAGAGAAAAUAUUCUUACCCAAGCCAACAAUCUUCAGGACUUGAAUAGCAGAGCAUCGAGUGAAAUAGUAAUCAGACAGGCCUUAGGAGAGCUGGACAUCUGGGAAGUGGAGGCAAAGUUCUCGCUGCUGGAGCACAAGGAUUCUCGCGGCACCAGCGUAAUGUUGAUAAUAGACUUCAAGGAUAUCCUCAAUAAGGUUGGCGAUAAUCAGUGUUUGCUUCAGUCUAUCAAAAACUCACCCAACUACAACAACUUCGUGGAUAGGGCUUCGAUCUGGGAGUCGCGAUUGGCAGAUCUGGAUGAAUUUCUCCACAGCUUGAAUCAGAUUCAGCGCAAAUGGGUGUACCUGGAGCCCAUCUUCAGCGCGGGCACCUUGACCCAGGACCAGGCGCGGUUCCAGAGGAUCGACCAGGACUUCAGGUACAUCAUGGCGGACGUGGCGAAGGACCAGAAGGUGGUGUCGCUGUGCAGAAUCAACAACCUGCAUCAGAUCCUCAACACCCUGCUGGACCAGCUGUCCCGCUGUCAGAAGAGCUUGAAUGACUUCCUGGAGGAAAAGAGGUCAGCAUUCCCAAGGUUCUGCUUCUUGGGUGACGAAGAUCUUUUGGAAAUUCUUGGCCAGUCAACACGACACAACGUCAUCCAGGCACACCUGAAGAAACUGUUCUCUGGUAUUCAUGCAGUGUCGUUCGAUGCGGAGGGCAGCUGUAUCACUGCUAUGAAGUCUAUCGAUGGUGAAACAGUGCCUCUCAAAAAACAAGUCAAGCUCGUUCAACAAGUGGAGGUGUGGCUGGCGGAGCUGGCGAGCGAGAUGAAGUCCACGCUGCGGCAGCUCCUGCUGGACUGCGUGCAGGAAGGGGAGCGGACCAAGAGCGACCCCGACCCCUCCAAGUACCCCUCGCAGGUGCUCUGUCUGGCCGAGAGCGUCCUGUUCACUCGCCGGUGCGAGGAGGCCAUCUCCUCCGGCGGCCUCCGAGCCUUCCUCGGCACCCUCCAGGUGGGAGUGUUUCCCCACCCCGUUUACCCCCGAACCCAUCAUUCCCACAAACUAGCCUUUCUUCUCUACCCCCUCGCCUCUGAGCAGGAUGAUCACAGAUAUGCUGCCACCUACAGUAGCAGUAUUAAUUUACCAAGGGAACAGGUAGAACCUGCUGUUACCCCCAUUCCUGCCAAGUCACCAAGCGACUCAGAUGAGGAACAAUCUGAGGAGGAGGAAUUUCAGGGAGUAGUGACAGCUGAAACCAGCAUGCCAACCGCUGGGACAGCAGCAGCCACAGGUCCUGCAGUGAACUCCAUGACUACUCAGCCCCCUAGGAUAACAGAUAUGUCACAGUUGCUGCAACAGCUGAGAUUGAUAAUACAAAUCGGACAGCAAACAGCCAGCCAGCUGAACAACUUAGUCAGUCAGCAGCAGGAGGUGCAGUCCAACCUGAACAACUUAGCAAGUCAACAGCAGAACAUGCAGGCUAACCUAACCAGCCAAAUAAACAGCCAGAAUGCAGAGAUGCGUCAACACAUUGACAGCAAGAUGGAUCUACUCAACUCCAGGUUGCAAGAGGGACUGACUGAAUUGGAAGAGAGGAUAGAGACCAGAUUGCAGGACCAGUCUCAAUCAAUGACUCAACUGUCAGAGCAAGUCCAGACUCAGGCAUCCAGAGUUGACAAUUUGGAAACUCAUACCACCACAUUGGUGAGGGUAGUAGAUAGGGCCAGACUGGAGCAGCAAGGACAUGCCCAGGUAUUGAGUGAGAGGUUAGAGGAGGUGGAGAACACAACAGCCCUACUAAAAUCAAGAUGGAAUAGUGUGGAAGCAGAGUUCAGAGCUGUAGCAGAAAAGAAUUCACAGAGUGGGGAUGCAGCCAUGCAGCUACAGGCCACCCAGCAGAAAGGUGGGCUGCCUAGCAAUGUGACUUCUGUCACAUCACUCACCCCUACCAUGCCUGCACCUACUACAGCAACUACACCUGCCGUCAACCACUCUCCUCAACCACGUUCAUGCUCACCUGCACACUUGGACCAGGUCACACUUAUGCACCACCCCGCCAAACACUGGUCGGAGUCUAUUCCCACAUUCUCUGGCAAGUCACAAGAAAAUCCUAUUCGCUUCUUGAAGAAGUUUGAGGAUUAUGCCAGAACGUUUGCCUUGACAGACACAGAGAAAUUAAAGUGUCUGAAUUUUGCCCUCAAGAGCACGGCAUUCUAUUGGUGGGAGCUUCAAAGCACUCAGACUACUUCAUUCGACCAAUUCAAGGACCAAUUCAAGAGCCAGUACUGGAGCUUGAAAGUACAAGGCAAUCUGCGUGCUCAGCUACAUGCUGACCGUUUUGACAGCAAGAGAGGUGGUUCGCUGGAGGCGCACAUAGUCACCAUGUACGAACGCACCAGGUACUUGGACAUCGUCAUGUCAGACGAAGAGUUCAUCGCCACCAUGCUAACACAGUUGCCUGUCGCCUACCAAAUACAAAUGUCUGGCCAUGCCUACAAAGAUGUCACAGAGUUUCGUGAUCACGUGUUGGCAGUAGACAAAUUACAACGCCUUCAGAAGGGUCAAGCCAGCAAGGAGGAGUAUGAGAAGCCAUCUCAGCCAGCCUACCAAAAGCAAGGACCAGUUAACACCCCAUGGUCCAUCGAGCAGCUGGACCGCACCAAGUGGAAACCACCCUGCUACAUCAUCAAAAGCUUUAGCCAGGAGAAAACGCAAGAGUUCAUCCAGAGUAAAGCAGUUCCAAGUUGGAGACCGAGUGCUUCUAAGAACAGCUCCGGUGAGCAAGAAAUGGGAACGAGUGACGAAGAAGCUGUUUCUGCUCUUCGAAGGCCCAUAUGUGUCGUGGAACGUCCCGAUGUCGGACCAGGAACACCGCCGUCGCCGUCAGCAGGAACUGUCUCGCCGAGACGCCGCCUCCCGCCAGCUGAGAGUGGUGUAAAUUACGCCGCCCUUGUAGCUGUGCAGUCUACAGCUGGGAUCUCGCGGCAGGUGGCCGUGAGACGGUUCGCCGCCCCGCCACCAUGUCCCCUCCCGUGGCGCUGUCAAGGGGACUCGUUCCAGGGUGCUGUGCACACCAGCUGGAGGCGUACGCGAGCCUGGAGCUGGAGUGGGCGGAGGGAGGAGGGCAGGGGGAGGGGGGAGGGCGACCUGCGCGACCUCGAGCUGAAGCUGAAGGCCCUCCUGCUGGACACGAUCCACCACAUCGGCGUGGUGGAGGAGCUGGUGGCCCGGCGCGUCGCCGCCGUGGACAGCUGGCACUGGCAGAGACAGCUCCGGUUUUACAUAAACAAAAGUGGAGUGGCAGUGGCAAGGAUGGUGGAUGCUGAGUUUGAGUAUACUUACGAGUACCAGGGCAACGCUUCAAAGUUGGUGCACACACCUCUCAUCGACAAGUGUUACCUGACGCUCACGCAGGGCAUGCACAUGGGGCUCGGGGGCAACCCCUACGGCCCGGCCGGGACCGGCAAGACAGAGUCGGUGAAGGCCCUGGGAGGACUGCUGGGGCGGCAAGUCCUCGUCUUCAACUGUGACGAGGGCAUUGAUGUGAAGUCCAUGGGUCGUAUUUUUAUCGGCCUCGUCAAGUGUGGAGCCUGGGGAUGUUUUGACGAAUUCAACAGAUUAGAAGAGGCAACUUUGUCUGCUGUGUCGAUGCAAAUCCAGCCAAUACAGUUUGCCUUAAAGAACAAGCACAAAGUGGUCAGGUUGCUGAAUGAAGAGAUUUCUAUAGACUCCAACUCUGGGAUAUUCGUAACUAUGAAUCCUGCUGGUAAAGGUUACGGUGGGAGGCAGAAACUGCCGGAUAACUUGAAACAGCUCUUCAGGCCAGUUGUGAUGUCUCAGCCUGACAACGAACUGAUCGCUGAAGUCAUUCUGUACUCUGAAGGCUUCAGACAUGCCAAGAAAAUAGGCAGGAAAAUUGUUGAGCUGUUUAAUUUAGCCAGGACGCUGCUGUCGGCCCAGCAGCACUACGACUGGGGCCUGCGCGCCCUCAAGACGGUGCUGCGGGGCUGCGGGGCGGCCCUGAAGGCCCGGCGCAGGGACGGCGGGCCGGCGCGGGUCGAGCAGGGGGGCGAGGCGGAGCUGGCGGUGCAGGCCCUCCGCCUCAACACCAUGUCCAAGCUCACCUUCCGCGACCGCGACCACUUGGACGCCCUCGUGCGGGACGUGUUCCCCGGCGUGCCGUUCACCAGCUCGGGCCACGAGCGGCUCGUCCGCGCCCUGGCGGACAGCUACGCCGAGCUCGGCCUGUCGCCCGACGACGACCAGUUGCGAAAGUGCAUGGAGCUGUAUGAACAGCUGCAACAGAGGAUUGGAGUGGUGAUUGUAGGACCGUCAGGAUCAGGCAAGAGUACAGUUUGCCGUUUAGUGAAAAAUGCCUUGAGCAAGCUGGGAGUCGUGCUCAGGCAUCACACCAUCAACCCCAAGGCCAUGCCGAGGACGCAGCUGCUCGGCCACAUUGACCUCGACACCAGGCAGUGGACAGACGGCGUGCUGACCCUCAGCGCUCAGCAGGUGUACUCCGAGCCCGCGGACGUCCACUCGUGGAUAGUUUGCGACGGAGACGUCGACCCUGAGUGGGUGGAGUCCUUGAAUUCCGUGCUCGACGACAACAGGCUUCUCACGCUGCCUUCUGGUUGGAGGAUCCAGUUCGGACCCAACGUCAACUUCAUAUUUGAAACACAUGAUUUGAGCUAUGCUUCACCGGCCACUGUGUCACGCAUGGGGAUGAUAUUUUUGAGUGAUGAAGAUAUGAAUAUUAAAGGUUUGGUUUCUUCCUGGCUCAAAACUCAGGUUGAAAAUACAAUAAGGUUUCUUGGUCAGUUCAUCGAUGACUAUUUCUACAAAGCGGUGGACUGGGUGGUGCAGCGCGGGGAGCUGGUGGUCGGCACGUCCCUGGUCGGGCUGGUGCAGAGCGGGCUGUCCCAGCUGCACGGGGUCUCCACCCGCGCCCACUUCACCGUCGCCCUCGUCAGCGGUCUGGGCGGCAACCUGACCCCCCCCUGCAGGGACGAGUUCGCCAAGCAGGUGUUCCAGUGGACGGGAGAGUUCAUGCCGGAGGGACUGCACCUGCAGCACUUGUUCUACAACGCCUCCCGGGACUGCGUCGAAGCCCACACGAUGGACCGGGCGGACCACGGCAUCGCGACGCCCACGGGGCCCGGCGAGCUCCCGCUCGUCCCGACGCCAGACGUCAAGAAGACAGUGGACGUCGUCAGCGCCUGGCUCCGCCCGGAGACCAGGCAGCCCUUCCUCGUGGUCGGUCCGCAAGGCUGCGGCAAGAGCCUGAUACUAAACCAUUGCUUCAGUAAACUCCGAGCUACUGACGUGGCAGUUGUGCAUUGCAGUGCUCAAAUCACCCCUCUUCAUGUGCUGCAAAAACUAAACCAGGUUUGCAUGGUGAUUUCAAGUAACAUGGGAAGAGUAUAUCGUCCCAGAAAUUGUGAUCAUCUCAUUCUUUAUUUCAAAGAUAUAAAUUUGGCAAGACCGGACAAGUGGGGAACUAGCAUGCUAGUUUCAUUUCUCCAGCAGCUCAUCACAUAUCGAGGGUUUUACGACAGCAAUAUGGAGUGGGUUGGCCUGGAAAAUUUCCAGAUCGUGGGAAGUAUGACGGCGGAUGGAGGAACUGGCCACACUCUUACCACAAGGUUUACUUCUAUCACUCGCAUAUACGCAGUCAGCUAUCCUGAAAAAGAGCAGCUCCAGACAAUUUACAACAUCUAUCUUACAGACAUCAUGAGCAAGUGUUUGCCAAAGCACCCAGUGUGGAAGUCUUCUGCAAAGGUUACGUCCCUUACGUCAUCCAUGAUAACUGUUUAUCAAGAGGUGAAAACGUCCUUCACUGCAGUGCAGCAGAACCAUUACCUGUUCACUCCGCGGGACCUGACUCGCUGGUGUUUCGGGCUGUUUCGUUACAACUUCCAAGACGAGGAUAAAACUGUUGAUGCAGUUCUGGAGGCUGUCAUCUAUGAAGGCAUGAGACUUUUUCGUGAUAAACUUGUGUCUGAAAAGGAACAGUCAAAGUUUGAUACCAUCGUUAAUAAUGUUUUCAAGUCCUAUUGGAAUAUGGAAGCAGCAUCAGAGUGUGUGUCCGCCAUGUUCUUUGUAACAUCUGGAACUGAGCCGUCAGCUGUGACAGGCAUGUUACCAACUUUUGGGAGACCACUUGGGAAGAUGAUGGAAGAUGAUUGGGCAGCCACCGUCAAUCAGGGUAUUGUGCAGUAUUGUCGAGAGGGCCAGGCGCUGGACGUGCUGGUGUCCCGGCAGUUCCUGGAGCUGGUGGCGAGCGCGGACCACGUGCUGUCUGCGCCCCACGGCUCCCUGCUGCUCGCCGGCCGCGCCGCCACCGGCCGCCGCGCCGCCGUCAAGGUCGUGUCGGCGCUGCACGGCGCCAGGCUCCUCACGCUCCACGUGGGCCACGGCUACCGGCUCAACAACUUCAGGAACGACCUCAAGAACAUGAUGCAGUUGGCAGCAGUGGAAGGGGAGCAGGUGUACUUUGUGCUUGAAGAGCACCAGUUGAUAGAUGUUUCAAUCCUGGAUAUGAUCAACAGUUUGCUUUUGUCCGGCGAGGUUCCUGGCCUGUACAAUCAAGAUGAGCUGGAGUCCGUCAUCUCCCCUUUGAAAGAUGUGGCGGCCCAGGAUGGCUUCGUCAGCAAUCUGGCUGCGUAUUUUGCAGAUCGCGUGCGGAGGAACCUGCACGUGGUGCUGGUGCUGGACGUCACGAGCCGGCAGUUCACGGAGAUGUGCGAGAGCAACCCGGCCUUCUACAAGGAGUGCAGGGUGCUGUGGCUGCCGGGCUGGAGGGCCGCCACCCUGCGGAGCGUCCCGCGCCUGGUCGUGGACAGAUACAACAGUCGUGAUCCUGAAAAUGCUCGAAAGAAAGUAAUGGUAAAUGAUGACAUUGUCAAUGGUUUUGUGAAGAUACAUUCUCAGGCGCCUGAUGUGCUAGCAUCUCCCCAGAAGUAUGUUUCUUUCGUUCAAACAUACAUUCACAUCUACGGAACCAAAAUAAUGGGAAUAGAACACAGGCAGAAACAGUUACAGGCGGGCGUGUCGAAACUGACGGAAGCCAGGCAAAUCGUGGACACGCUCAAGGUGGAAGCCAAUGAACAGGAGAAGAAGCUGGCAGAGAAGCAAGCCAAGGCCAACGCGGCCCUGCAGAUGAUAACGGAAACAAUGCGCUCCGCCAACACUCAGAAAGUCGAGAUGGAGUCUCUGAAGGAGCAGACCGAGAGAGAGAACCAGCAACUCGUUGUAAGGAAGAAAGCAAUUGAUGAGGAGCUGGCUGAAAUCGAACCUCUAAUCCAGGAGGCUCGUGCUGCAAUCGGCAACAUAAAGUCUGAAGCGCUCUCGGAGAUCCGCUCUCUGCGAGCGCCGCCGGACAUCAUACGAGACAUCCUGGAAGGGGUGCUGAGGCUCAUGGGUAUCUUGGACACAUCCUGGAACAGCAUGAAGACUUUCCUGGCCAAGAGGGGUGUGAAGGAAGACAUCAGGUCGCUGGAGGCCCGGCGCAUCACGGCGGAGAGCCGGCAGGCCGUGGAGAAGCUGCUGCGUGACAAGAGCGAGUCCUUCGACGCGAGGAACGCGCGCCGGGCCUCGGCGGCCGCCGCCCCGCUGGCGGCCUGGGUGUCGGCCAACGUGAGGUACUCGCGCGUGCUGGAGAAGAUCCGGCCGCUGGAGGCGGAGCAGUCGCGGCUGCAGGGCGGGCUGCGGCUGGCGGAGGACGAGAUCGGGCGGCUCAGCCUGGGGCUGGAGGACGUGGACCAGAGGGUGGCAGGCCUGCGGCAGCAGCUCAGCGCCUACACCAGGGAGGCGGCCGAGGUGGAGAUGCACCUGGGCCGCGCCCAGGAGACGCUGGCGGCCGCGCAGGGCCUGGUCCGGAAGCUGGACGACGAGUACCGGCGCUGGCAGGAGCAGCUUGGCGAGUUGUCGGAGGACCGAGUGAAGCUGCCUGCGUUCUCGCUGCUGGCAGCGGCGUGCAUCGUCUACUUGUCCGCAUCCUCGGAAGAUGCGCGCGCGUCCGUGCUGUCGUCUUGGGAGGCGGCCCUCGGCAUCGGCGAGUUUUCCCUCUCCUUGUUUCUCGGCUCGGAGAAGGAAACUCUUCAGUGGCUGUCUGAAGGUCUCCCUUCGGGCCAGCUGUCCAUUCAGAAUGCUGUUAUCAUACUUCAGACUUCGUUACGACCGUUCAUAAUUGACCCAUCAACUUGUGCUUUGGAGUGGUUGAAGAAACAUCUCCGAGAUAAAACCGUGGAGGUGACUUUGCAGAAUAGCAGUCGUUUUGCGACAACGCUUGAGCUGGCAAUCAGGUUUGGAAAAGUGCUUAUAAUUCAAGAUGUUGACUUCAUUGAGCCUAUGUUAUUCCCAGUGCUACGGGGAGAAUUCAUCAACCAAGGUCCAAGGAAAGUGGUGCAGCUGGGAGAUAAGCUUAUAGACUACAACGACAACUUUCAGUUGUUCUUUACAAGCCGAAACGUGAAUCCAGAACUUAGUCCAAGCUCUUCUGCCGUCAUCACUGUCGUUAAUUUUACCAUGACACAAGCCACGUUAGCUGAUCAGUUGCUAGCGAGUGUGUUACGCCUGGAGCGACCAGAACUCGAACAGAGGAGGGUCGAUCUUAUGCGAAAAGAAGAGGAACUGAAGUUGAAAGUCGACCAAUUACAGGAAGUUUUGUUGCAUGAGCUGGCCAAUGCUCAAGGCGAUAUACUUCAGAACAAGGAGCUGCUGUCGUCCCUGAACGAAGCCAAGGCGAACAGCGCUGCGGUCCACGUGUCGCUGUCCGAGUCCAAGCGACUGCAGGCCGAGCUCGAGCAGGAGUGCGACGUGUACCGGCCGCUCGCCGAGUCCGGCAGCAGGCUGUUCUUCGUGAUCAACGAGCUCCGCAAGGUCAACGCCAUGUACCAGUUCUCCGAGGCGUCGUUCACGAGGCUGUUCCAUGAAGCUCUCAAACUACCAGAGGAUGGUGCAAAGAGCGACGUUCAGAUGCAGGAUUACCAACAACGACUGGAGCACUUGGUGUACUACCACGUCACGCGGGCCUUAUUCAAGGCCGACCAUCUUCUGCUUGCUUUGCAUCUUGUGCGGCACAUGCACCCAAGUCACACGCCAGAUGAUGAGUGGGACGUGUUCACAGGACUGGCGAUGGCUGAUACUAAGCUCGAUGUAGCAAAAGUGAAGGAGGUCGUGCCAAAGUGGAUAGAAGAGGAAAGGCAGUUUGAUGUGUUCGUACUGAAGACUGCCCUGCCCGCGCUGUACUCGCAGCUGCUGCUGGAAGACGCGGGCGCGUGGCAGGCCUUCUGGACGAGCGCCGAGUGCGAGGGACACUUCCCGGUGCAGCUGGCGCGCCGGCUGUCCCCCUUCCAGCAGGUGCUGCUAGUGCAGGCGCUGCGGCCCGACCGCCUCCGAUCCGCGCUCGCCCAGAUGGCUGCCCGCGUCCUGGGUCAGUUCCCACGUCAGGGGAGCUGGAGUUGGUGUGGGAAGCUGGAGUUGCAACUACUAUGUGUGUUCACGGGAGGUGCGGUGGUUGAGAAGUUGGAUCACUCGCCUCCCACCCAGACAGUCCGGGUUAGAUUCCCAGUGGGGUUAGACACAGAUUUUCGCAAGUGGGGAACGUUGUGGACGUUGCCGUGGCAUGUGAGUUUUCUCAGGGUACUCCCGUCAUUCCUUCGGUGCUCCAUGCCACAUCUCACCUCCAAGCUGGCGGUGAACGACAGGUCUGUCCCUCGGGCGGAACACUACGUGUGGAUGCGUGUGUCCCCAGCACUGAAGGACCUGUCCCCGUCCGCCCUGAACCUGAGGCAGCUGCUGUCCCGGACGCUGGCGUCGGAGCCCGUGCUGCUGCUCAUCUCGCCGGGAGCCGAUCCCUCCGAGGAACUGCGCUGCUUGGCCCGGGCCUCCGUGGGCGGCGAUCGCUAUCACGAGGUGGCGCUGGGCGAGGGCCAGGUGGGGGCCGCGCUGGAGCGGCUGCGAGCGGCCGCGCGGGCCGGCGACUGGCUGUGCCUCAAGAACCUGCACCUGAUGGUGUCGUGGCUGCCCGCGCUCGAGAAGGAGAUCAGGGCGCUGCAGCCCCACCAGGACUUCCGCCUGUGGCUCACCUCGGAGCCGCACCCCGGCUUCCCGCCCAUCCUCGCCCAGCAGUGCCUCAAGAUCACCUACGAGGCUCCCCGCGGCGUGAAGAGGAACCUGCUGCAGAUCUACACCUCGUGGGGGCCCGAGCUGAAGCCCGCCAGCGUCCUGCACGGCCGGUCGCUCUUCGCGCUGGCCUGGUUCCACGCGGUGCUGCUCGAGAGGAGGACGUUCAUCCCCCAGGGCUGGGCCAAGUUCUACGAGUUCAGCGACGCCGACCUGCGCAUGGCCAGGGAGGCGCUGCAGCAGCUCUUUGGGAAAGGAGCUGCACGUAUUGACUGGGAGUUUAUUCAUGGCCUGUAUGAGAAUGCCAUCUAUGGAGGACAUGUAGACAACAUGUCUGACAUACGUGUUGUUGCUUCCUACCUCCAAGAAUUGUUCAACACAAGUGUCCUAGAAGACGGGAGCAUGUCUUUGGGGCCAGGAAUUCGAAUUCCUUCGUCUACUAACUACAAGGACUACCUGGAGGUUAUCCAAGAGUUGUCGGACGUAGAUAAGCCACAGUACUUUGGACUCCCGGAAAAUGUGGAGCGUUCUCUCGAGAGGGUGACCAGUCGCAAAGUCAUCAACCAGCUCAAAUCUCUGAAGAGGCCUGUGGAAGGCAAAACUAAGUUCGACAGGGACGAGUGGCAAAAACAGCUCACCCCGGUUCUGAACCUGUGGAAAAAGUUGAAUCAGGGCCUGGGGUUCGUCCAGAUGAAGGUGGCGGCCCUGGCGGAGGGCGAGGACGGCGCCGGCCCCCCGCCACAACCGGUGGCAGCCUUCGUGGGCGCGGAGUUCCGGCGCGGGGUGCUGCUGGUGCAGGCCAUACACCGGUCGCUGGCCGCCAUCAGCAAGGUGGUGAGGGGCAGCACGGCGCCGCGCCCGGACCUGGCCGAGCUCGCUGCAGGCAUCAUGAAGCACCAGACGCCGCCCCAGUGGCAGCGGGAGUGGGGGGGCCCCGCGGAGCCCCUGCCGUACCUGCGCGGCGUGGUGGCGCGCGUCCUGGCCGUGCAGCGCUGGGGCCAGAAGAGCGAGCAGGGCGCGCUGCUCCGGGAGCCGCUGGACCUGGCCGACCUCUUCCGCCCCGGCGUGUUCCUGUGCGCGCUCAAGCAGCAGACGGCCAGGGGCCUGGGAGUGGUGCUGGACGAGCUGGUCCUGCUGAGCAGCUGGUCGAAGAACGGCCUGCCCGGCGCGCACCUGCCGGUCGUGUUGUCGCACCUGCAGCUGGAGGGCGCCUCGCUGGAUGGGCCGCGCCUCGUGCCGAACACGGCCGGCUCGCCGAGCGUGGGCGCGGCCCCGCCCUGCACCGUCGCCUGGAUGCCCCGCGGAGGUGCCGCGUCGUACAGCCGUGAGGACGUGCUGCGACUGCCCUUGUACGAGACCGCGAGCAGGGAGAGCGAGGUGGUCUCUCUGGACGUGCCGUGCCCGGGCAACCACAACAAGUGGAUCCAGGCCGGAGUGGCGUUCUUCCUCAGGAGCUAGACGCUGGCGGGGCCGUCCACUGCAGUAAACCUACUGUAGCUUCCGUCUUAUAGGAGCUUACCAGAAGUCUUGGCUUAUCCAUGUGUGCACUAAAUGUUAGGUUGGCAAUUUAUGAGUGUAGAAAAUCUAUAAAAAAAUCCUUUUAUUUUUCACUAUUACCUAGAUAAAAGUCGUAAGAGACAGAAGAGAGGGUAAGGUAAUUUUGAUAAACAAACGGAUGAAGAAAUUUUAAUUACCUGAUAGUGCUGAUAGCAAGGGUUGUAAAUGUGCAUACAAGGAUAUAGUCUAGUGGUUCUAAAAAUAGUUCUUUCCCAUCUUUAUGCUCUCCUUCGUAUGUACACCAAUCUCUCACUUAGCACGACUGAUGCGUUCCUUAAAAUGUUUGUGUUAUUCGAAAUUGCGUAUUCUGAAGCAUUUGUCUCCAUAAAUAGCAAGGCUAAUUUACUUAAUGUGUUCCCAAAUGUGUAGGAAUUUAUUCUUCACGUAAUAGAAAUGCAUAGAAUAACACUCAACAAUAAAAAUGUAAACACCAUCGAAUACUUUGUAUGACAAAUACGACAUUGCGUAACGGUACUUACCGUCAUUCGACUGGUCAACUUGCCCACUCGGGCAUGACCUUCAACUCAACGUCACAAACUUUUCAAAUCAUCAUUUACUGGCAGUGAAACCAAUAUUACUGUCUGGAUAUUUACAUUUUAAUUAUAAAAAAAAUUCCUUAUUCAUGUAUCACCUUACAAAUCCUUUCAGGCUCAUGAUUUUUUUUUUCAUUGCACCAUUCAUUUAACAACUUUUAAGUUUAAUCUCAUGACAUUCUGCACACCAUAAUACUUCUAGUUUUGUCUCAAAUACUUUAACACAACGUAUUAUGCUCUCACUUGGAAGCCAUGAUUCCAAUAUGAUUUCAACUGCAGGUGCUUGCGCAGUACACUUACCGGUAGACGAAUGGGCAGACGUUUCUUUGUGUUUGUGCAUGUGAGUUACCUGCCACUGGCUAGACUGAAGUUCGUCACGGCCCGGUCUGUGGCCGGGAGACAACGGUAUGGCACGGUAGCAUACGCGAGGACGUAAAAAAAAUUUGAUCCUUUACACUCCAUGUCGCAACUGAACUUACCACGGCUGAUGUUUGUUUAACAGCCGACAGCGUAGUCACCUGCGCGUGCAUCUCUUCCCCCCUUCGUAUAGCUAACUGUAUGCCACGGUGCAUCUGUUGUUUACCGAGUUUAAGCAGACUUCGUGGUGUCAUGCCCGACUUUUUUGCCUGUGGCGAUUUCGUGCUAACUGAAAUUUACAUACGUGCUAUACAAGACUGGGGCAGUAAAAUUAACAUAGCGUUUAAUGAAUUCGCGCAAUCUGAAGCCAUGCUAAGUGAGGAAUUGGUGUAUUCGGAUGCCAUCCAACAACAGUGUAUGUACUGCCGGGUGUACGGGCUCUGUAAAAAAUAGUAACAUUAAUUACAGUCAUAUGUCAUGCCAUAUUAUUAGAUGAGUUGCAGAAUUAAUCUCUUCAGACUUGCAUAAAGUUCUCGUCUUGUAAGCCAGAACAUACGGUACAUGUACCUUCACAGCAAAGUUAAUUUCUUUUGGAUUUGUUAGUUACUCUGGGGUGCUUUAUUUUGCUGCAUCAAACAUCAAGGUUUGCUGUGGUGUUUGGAUGGCAUAGGCAUAGAGAUUUGUGUGUAGAGGAUGAGGUGUAGAAUCAGCGGUGCAGUAAUUCUCAAGUCUGAUUGAUGUAGGUGAUUCCGUCCAUGUAGUGUACGUUAAGCGCAUAAUAUAUAUUUAUUCGUGAUGAGGAUAGUUUAGUUUUUAGAUUCCAACAAAAUAAUUUUUUGUUCUUAAUUUUUGAAUGAAUGUAUUAUUAACAUUUCACUUUAGCUAAUGAUGACAUCAUUUAUGCUUGUUUGUAUUUUAGUCAGCCAGUUGUGUUUAGUAGUUGCAAUGUAUUGUAGCACAAAAAAUAAUAAUUUCCUAGUAAAUCAUCAUGUAGUAUGCAGUAGACUAUAUUUAAUAAUGCUUGUGUGUUACAAAAUGCACUGCUUACUUGGUUUCUUCAGAAAUGUCUCUAUGUAAAUUUCUCAUUCGAAAUUAUUUAAAUAAAUCUUAACAA